UUUUUUUUUUUUUUUUUUACUAUAAACAGAAGGUCUCCCUUGGAAAUUUCCACUCCCCAACAGGGAAGUUGAAAAUAUAUUCCAAAAGAAUUAGCAGUAGGCAAAUUAUUUCCCUACUUUCCCUGAGAUGAGAUAAGACUGGGGCAGAGUCUAGCUCGGCGCCGGAAAUUCCCAACAUUAGAAAGAAAGCUUGUCAACAACCGUCACACUUUCUUUCUCAAUAAAGUUAGAAGGCAACCGCCCACAAAGUAGAAGAACCCUCGUUUUCUGGAGUUAAAAUACUGCACAGCUCGUAGGGAUUCCCUCGUCUCUUCUCCUCUCAGGAUCGUCUUCAGUCUUCAAACCUGUUUCUAAAGGAAAGUCUUCUCUGCUAUACAACCUCAGAUGGCUGUUUCUGCCUAAAGAUGCAGGGCUAACACGUGAUCCUACGUCGUGUAUUUAUUCCGAAGAAAGACAUCCCCCUCCUGGUGCUCUACAGGGUGUUUGGUCUCCAAGGAUUUGACCCAAGGAAAUUCAUCUAGGGCUCUCCUCUUCCCCCUGCUGCGCCUUUUCUAGUAAAGAAAGGAUCUGAAAGACGUACAAGGAUCGCGGAGCGAGAACCAAGUGUAUAUAACUAUGGAAAAUAAAGCAAAUAAUCCUGCACCCGUAGCAGUAGCUGGAUACCCUGGACCACAGCCACAGUAUGGAUAUCCUCAGUAUGCUCAAUAUCCUCCUGGAAUGGCUCCAUAUCCUGCUCCACAAGCUUUCCCUGGUGCUCCAGGACAGCCCCCAUAUGCAUUUCCUACAGCUUAUGGAGCUCCAACAACUUAUGGCCAACCUGUUCCCCAAGCUGUUUGGAUGCCCGAACCAGCUCCUCUUCCAAAUUGCCCUCCUGGAUUGGAAUAUUUAAGUCAGAUUGAUCAGAUAUUAAUCCAUCAGCAAAUUGAACUUCUGGAAAUUAUUACUGGCUUUGAGACUGCCAACAAAUAUGAAAUUAAAAAUGCUAUGGGGCAAAGGGUGUAUUUUGCCGCUGAGGAAAACGACUGUUGCACUUUGAACUGCUGUGGACCAUCACGACCAUUUACGAUGAAAAUCAUGGACAAUAUGGGCCGGGAAGUCAUAAACCUCAUGCGACCUCUGCGAUGCUCCAGUUGCUGCUUUCCUUGCUGUUUACAGGAGAUUGAAGUUUAUGCUCAAGGCACACCAGUUGGAUAUGUUAAACAGACCUGGGAUCCUUGUUUGCCAAAAUUUGUAAUCCAGAAUGAAGCCCGGGAAGAUGUACUCAAAAUUGUUGGGCCCUGUGUAGUCUGCAGUUGUUGUUCAGAUAUUGAUUUUGAGGUAUUAUCUUUAGAUGACAACAUUGUUGGAAAAAUUUCCAAGCAGUGGACUGGUUUCGUGAGGGAGGCUUUUACAGAUGCUGACAAUUUUGGAAUCCAGUUUCCAAUGGAUCUUGAUGUGAAAAUGAAAGCUGUUAUGCUUGGAGCUUGCUUCCUUAUAGAUUUCAUGUUUUUUGAACAUUCAGGACAAAAUCGACAACAACGUGCUGGAGUCUGGUAACAGAGUACAAUCUUCAUUGUAAGAACUUCCAGCGAAGUAGUUUCAUCAUUUUUAUUUUCAGUGGAUGUCUCUUCCAAGAGAUUUUCAUUAAACACUCUUUUUCUUUUGGCAUUAUACCAUAGCUUCUACAUAAGUAGGAUUUCAAAUUACUUCUAAAUUAUGAAGGCUAUUUUAGAAUUAUAGUUAUGUAUAAUGACACAUUGAAGUGAUUAUACGUAUUUAUAUUAAAAGUCAGGAACGACUAGCACAUAUGUGCGAGGGGAACCUUUACCUUUACCUUAUAUUAAAAGUGAGAUCUUACCAUGCAUCCUCAACAUUAUUUCAAAUAAUGUUAAUGUGAAUGUUAUACUUUGUACUGUAACUUGAAGUGAUAAUCAGAUUUAUAUUUUGUACAUAGUGAAUAUAUAAAGUGAAUUUUUCAAAUAA